CCCGACGGCUACGGCAGCAGCUCGCCCGCCGCCUCGCCGGGCUCCUGCGGCCGCUCGCCGCCGCCCGGGCCCCGGCGCCGCCCCCGCGGCGGGCGCAGCCCCGCGGGCGGCGGGGCCCGGGGGGCGCGGGGGGGCCCGCGGCAGAGCGCCAGCGAGCGGGAGAAGCUGCGCAUGAGGCAGCUGGCGCGGGCGCUGCGCACGCUGCGCCUCUACCUGCCGCCGGCGCUGGUGCCCGCGGGGCAGAGCCUCACCAAGGUGGAGACCCUGCGCCUCGCCGCCCGCUACAUCGGGCACCUCUCGGCCCUGCUGGGGCUGGGCGAGGAGGCGCUGGCGCGGCGCCGGGGGGCGGCCGCCCGCCGCUGCCCGCUCUGCCCCCCGGGGCUGGGCUGCUGCCGC